CCGUGCGGGAGCUCGGCGCCGGCAGCAGCUCUCUCCCUCUCCCUCGCCGCUCGCCCUCCGACGGGUCGAACCGGCAUAGACAGACAGACAGACGGACAGCGGCGCGCGCACGGACCAGGCGGUGUGAUCAGGAACGCUACAAUCAGGGUAUCCGAGAUGCGUUCGAGUCUCGUUCUGUUGACGUGGCUGGCGGCCGCGGCGGUCGCCCAGGAGGUCGACCCGGCCGUACCGGAGCCGGCCGCCCCAGCUCCGGUGGCUGAGGAGACCGCAGCACCGCUCCCGCUGGGCUCGGCGGGCCCAGUCGCCACCCCAGCCGCCUCCGACUGUCCCGAGGAGGCGGUUAGUUUCGAGGUGGUGACCGGGUACGCCUACAGCGCGCCGGCGUUCGUCAUCGACUCUCAGACGGGCACUCUGCUGCUGACCGACUGCAUCGACCUGUGCCGCCGCAACGCCAGCUGCCAGGCGCUCAACUACGAGACGGGCCUGUGUGUGCUGCUCGGCUCCACCGCCGACGGACAGGAGGCCGACCCGCUGACCGAGUCGCAGUACCCCGUGUUCACCAUGUACGUGCAGAAGAUGUGCUACGCCGAGGCGCCGCGCUGCGACAGCGCCUGGGCCUUCGAGCGCGUGCAGAACCACACUCUCAACGGCAUGGCCAAGAAGACGAUCGAGGCCGAGAGUCGCCUGGUCUGCGAGCAGGCGUGUCUCGCCGAGACAGAGUUUGUCUGCAGGUCAGCCUCGUACGUGGCCUCCAGCGGCGAGUGUCGCCUCUCGGACAUGGACCGGCACACGCUGGCCGGCCUGGGCGCCUUCCAGCCGUCUGAGGGCACCGACUUCCUGGAGAACCACUGCGUCGGCGAACCGGUCAAACUGUGCGAGUUCACCGAGAUCGACGACCGCAUCCUGAAGACGGUCGACUCAGUUCACCAGAACGUCAGCUCACUGGAGGCCUGCAAGGAGCUGUGUCUGUCGGCCAACUUCCGCUGCCACACGUACGACUACAACGACACGGGAGACAAGGUGUGCCGGCUGAGCCACCACUCGGUGGCCACGCUCACCAACAUCCUCGAGCCGUACCUGGAGAUCCCCGGCUCGACCAGCUACGAGCUGAGCUCGUGCUACAACGUCACCAUCGACUGCCGCGCCGGGCACAUGGUGGCGCGCAUCCAGACCAGCCGGCUCUUCAACGGCAAACUGUACGCCAAGGGCAGCCCCAACACCUGCGUCACAGACGUCACCAGCAGCCUCGACUUCGAGCUGAAGAUGGGCUACAGCGACCUCGAGUGUGACGUGAAGCGCGGCGGGCCGGGACACUACCACAACGAGGUGGUGCUGCAGCACCACGACCGGAUCGUCACCUCCGCCGACCUGGGCCUGAGCGUGCGCUGCCAGUACGACCUCAGCAACAAGAGCAUCAGCAACGCCGUGGACCUGGAGGUCAAGGGCGACAUCCAGCCGGUGCUGGAGCAGGAGGCGGUCGUGGACUCGCCGAACGUGCUGAUGCGGAUCACGGACCGGGACGGCAGCGAGGUGGAGGCCGCCGCCGUCGGCGACCCGCUCAGCCUGCUCUUCACCAUCGUCGACCCGCAGUCGCCCUACGAGAUCUUCGUCCGCGACCUGGUCGCCAUGGACGGCGCCAACAGCAACGAGAUUUUGCUCAUCGACGCCGCCGGCUGUCCGACCGACGAGAGCAUCCUGCAGGCGCUGCUGCGCGUCAACGGCACCAAGGACCUGGCGUCCGCCUUCGACGCCUUCAAGUUCCCCACCUCGGACGUGGUGCAGUUCCGCGCGCUGGUCACGCCGUGCCUCCCGCGCUGCGAGCCGGCCGUCUGCGACGUGCUCGACUACGUGGGCGCCGUGCGCCAGACCGAGAGCUACGGCCGGCGCCGGCGCAGCCUGGACCGCACGCGCCGCGCCGCCUCCGACGAGGAGAUGCUGGUGGUGCAGACCAUCCGGAUCGACGACCGCUUCAGCCGGCGGGCGGCGGGCGACGCCGGCGGCGCCGAGGAGUCGGGCGAGGCGCGCGCCGCCGGCCUGCCGACCGUCACCACGCUGGAGCCCAGCUCGGUGUGUAUGAACACCAGCGGCCUGCUGGUCGGCGGCGCCGUGCUGGUGCUGGUGCAGCUGGCACUGCUGGCCGCCGCCGUGCUGGUCUUCCGGCGCCGGCGCGCCAAGGACGCGCAGGGCGUCGACAGCGGCGCCGGCAGCCUGGCGCAGCUCUACGACUCGGGCUACUCGGCCCGGCGCGCUUGAGCUCUGCAUCUUGCCAGCCCGGUACAUCAGAAUAUGAGGAAUAUGAACGCCAGGGGAACGAGACAACUCCCCCCUGCCCUCGGAAGGAGCGGACAGCUCCUUCCUGUCCUCUGGCCAACGUCUGCCACGGUGGAAUCUCAGCCAGUCUCUUGGGCUGCCUGCCAGGCAGGACAGCCACCCAUCUAACCGUCCAUCACAGCACUGUGAGAGGGUCAGCCUCAGGCUGGUCGCCUUCAUCAUGAUGUCAGAGGCAUUAAAACGCACUAAUCUGCACGUGCUACAGACCAAUGGCACGCAGACGUCCUCCAGCUAACUUUAUCUUGCUUGUUAUUUCCCCGGGUGGGACAUAUUAGUGCUCAUUCUUAUUCGCUGGCGAACUAAGCACAUGUCGCAUAACUUCGGCGGUGCCUCUAUCCCGCCGCCAUGCCCCAGCCUCAGCCAAAGACAUAGGGCAUUGAUUGAUGUCGCGGCGGCGCCCUAUCCGCUGGCGUCUCGACCUGGCGGCCCGCGGGCGCGCCUCGGCAGCCCCGCGCCGCCAACCACUCAUUCGUAGCCGCGGCCUCACGCUGGCCGCAGUAGUCCCCGCGCUUAUCCCUCGCGACUGCCGACACUUCGGCGGCGCGACUGCACGGUGUCACUCAUAUCGAGAGCGAGCGAGAGCGAGAACGAGAGCAUUCUGUACAAUAUCUGUGAUCUUUGUGUGCGUGCACCGGCGCUAGGAAGCGGUGGGUACCGCAGCCCGUCGCCCAGUCGCUUCUCCAGGGCGCUGCGCCGCUGGGGAUGUCGCCUUGGCGCCGCUGCGGUGCACCGCUUCGCCCCGCCGCCGGGACGGACGGAGCCGAGCCCGUCUGUCCGUCCGUCUGUGUGUGUGUCUGUGUGGGUGUGUGGAUGGGAGGGUUGUGUGGACAGCGGAGCGGCGCACCGUCCAGCCUGCCCGUAGUGCUGAGAGAUGGCGAACGGUGGAGAUGUGCGCCGAGUCCGUCCAAUGUUCUAUGACGAUACUCUGAAUUUGUAAAUAAAAGGUUUUAGUAUGA